AUGGACGUUCAAGUGAACUUUGAUCAGGACUUGUCGGGUGAAAGCGUCGCGGCGCCGGUACGUCUCGGAGUGGAGGCUGGGGCAGUGGGUACGGGGGACGCCGUCAGUGAGAGUGUAGAGGUAGCGCCGACGUGGUUAGAUGAUGGGACCGAUGGGGAUGAUAGCGCCCUCCUGGUACAAACAUCUGUUUUAUAUAGCCAUUUAUUCGCUGUUGGGUCUGCCGCAUACGCUGCGCUCCCACGGAGCUCCCAGGUGGUGGUGAUCUCAGGAGAGUCUGGCUCGGGGAAGACUGAAAGCACUAAACUCGUGAUGCAGUACCUCGCUGCAGUCAACAAGUCACCAUCCAACCUCAUCACCGAGCAAAUCUUGGAGGCAUCACCACUUCUAGAGAGUUUUGGGAAUGCUAAGACAGUCCGCAACGACAACUCAUCACGUUUUGGAAAGUUCUUGGAGGUCCACUUUAAGGAGGGAGUCAUAUUGGGUGCAAAGGUCACGGAGUACCUGCUGGAGAAGUCACGUAUUGUCACACAAGCUCCUGAUGAACGGAACUACCACGUCUUUUAUGAGCUCUUGGCUGGACUUUCAGAAGAGACUAAAUUGAAGUAUGGGCUGCUUGCUGCUGACAAAUACUUCUAUCUUAAUCAGGGAGGGAGUUGUGACAUUGAUGGCAAGUAUGACACAGAGGACUUCCAGUCACUGCUGAGUGCCAUGCAAGUCCUAGGUUUCACCUCUGACGAACAGGACACAAUCUUCAGGAUAUUGGCCUCAGUGCUACAUCUCGGAAAUGUAUACUUCCACCGGAAGCAGCUGAAGCAUGGACAAGAGGGAGUGGAGAUUGGGUCGGAUGCAGAGAUACGCUGGACUGGACAUCUGCUUCAGCUCAGUGUGGAUGGCAUAAAGCAAGCUCUCACCACCAAAACUACGGAAGCCCGUAAUGAGCGUCUGUUCACUGCACUCACUAUUGAUCAAGCUCUUGAUGCCAGAGAUGCAUUCGCUAAAGCACUCUACAGUUCGUUAUUUGCUUGGCUAGUAGCAAGGAUCAAUCAUAUCGUUUACAAAGGGACCAAGAGAACCACUGCCAUUUCAAUAUUGGACAUUUUUGGCUUUGAAGACUUCAAGGAGAAUAGUUUUGAGCAGUUGUGUAUCAACUAUGCCAACGAGAACCUCCAGUUCUACUUCAACAAGCACAUCUUUAAGUUAGAACAACAAGAGUACGCCAAAGAGAAGAUCGUCUGGCAGAACAUCACUUAUGCAGAUAACCUCCCAGUGAUCCAACUGCUCUCGAAGAAGCCCGUGGGCAUUCUUCAUCUAUUAGAUGACGAAUCUAACUUCCCACGUGCAACAGAUCUCUCCUUCUUGGAGAAGUGCCACUACAACCAUGCCCUCAACGAACUGUACAGUCGGCCUCGGCUCAACGGCCCUGAGUUUGGUGUGCGGCACUAUGCCGGCCCAGUCUGGUACAAUGUGGACGGUUUCCUGGACAAGAACCGAGACACUCUGCGGCCGGAUGUUGUCGAACUUCUCAUAGCUAGUUCACUGCCUAUGUUGAGUAAGAUGUUCAUGGCAGUCAGAAGCUCUCAGGAAGCAAACAAAACGCUCAACAAGUCUAACGGGAGAUUCGUCACCAUGAAGCCUAGAACGCCAACAGUUGCCGCCCGGUUCCAUGAUUCUCUACAGCAGCUACUGGAGUCCAUGUCCAAGUGCAACCCUUGGUUCGUGAGGUGUAUCAAGCCGAAUAUGGACAAAGCAGCCAUGAAGUUCGAUAUGCCCACUGUACUAGAGCAACUGAGGUACUCUGGCAUGCUGGAAACUAUCCGGAUCCGAAAGCUUGGGUAUCCGGUCCGGAUACGCUUCCAAGAGUUUGCGGACAGAUACCGUUACCUGCUGCCUAGGAGGAAUCUACCGCCAAGAGGUACUCCUUCAAGAGAAUUGUGCAACCUGAUCCUACAGGACCAUUCUGGAGAGUUCCAGCUGGGCACAACCAAAGUGUUCCUGCGUGAGAGUCUGGAGCGCGUUUUAGAACACGAGCGUGCAACAAUACUGCGUAAAGCUGCUGUUAUACUCCAGCGCAAUGUCAGAGGCUUCUUGGCUCGCAAACACUAUGUGACUGCACGCCGCAGUGCCAUUAAACUGCAGGCAGCCAUGAGGGGGUGGAAGGAGAGAAAGAAGUUCCUCAAGGUGAAGAGGGGUGUGGUGAAGGCACAAGCUCACUUCCGAGGCAAGAGGCAGAGGAAACGCUACACCCAACUCAAGGAGGAAUUAAAGAAGAGAGCAGAGCUUGCUAGAGAGAGAGCAAAGAUCAAAGCACAGAAGGAGGAGCAAGAGCGAGCUUCAAGAGCCGUGGCCGGUGUAAACCACCUGGACAUUCCUGCUGAGCUUGCUUUCAUAUUUAACAAACUUGAUGAUUGGCAGCCACCCCACAACGAGAGACAGCUGGUGAAGGUUGUGGGCCCUGUACUGGACAGGUCGGAGAGAAAUUCCUUGCCAGCUGACAUAGACCAGCAUGCAUUCUCCAAGUUCACCAACAUAUACUUCAAGUCUCAUGUUUGGGGCAUGAAGAGAGAACCGAUCAAGACUCCAUUCCUGAACAAAGCCAAGGACUCUGACUUUGCUGACUCGCUCGCUCUGUUCAAAUUGAUCCUGAGGUUUAUGAACGAUGACUCACUCAGUGGGAAGAAAGAACAGGCUCUGGGUGACUACAUUGCGUAUAAGGGAAUCAACAACGAACGUCUGCGGGACGAGAUACUUUGCCAGCUAGUGAAUCAAACGUGGCGCAAUGAUGUGGUAGCCAACAAUGAGCGGGGUUGGUUGCUCAUGGCCAAUUGUCUGUCAGUUUUCCCCCCCUCCCAUCAUCUCUAUAAGUUUUUGCUCAAGUAUGUGUCCGAUCACGCUUAUGAUGGGUACAAGGCUAUAUGUCAACGCAAGCUGUUGCAGUCGCACAAUCAGUGGGCCCGUAGCCUGCCACCCUCUCUCAUGGAGUGGAGAGCCAAUAGAAAGAGAGUCAACAUGGCGUUACAGCUUCACUUUGCUGAUGGUGAAUCGGCCAUGACCUCUGUAGACUCCUGGACACGUUGUGAGGAUCUCUGCGCCAGUGUACUGGCAUCGCGUGGCGUAGCAGAAUCACAUGGCUGGACACUAGCGUUGGAUAUGGAUGAGAUGGGAGAACGUAACGGUUUGGACUACGUAAUGGAUGCUAUAUCAGAACUGGAGUUACCCCCAGCCUUCCCGGUACACAAGCCUGUGCCUGCUAUUAGUACUAAGCCUGUGGACCCACCACAAGCAACCAGACGCCCCACUGUGCCCCCACCCCAGCCCCCGCCUGUGCCUCCUCCGGUCCCACAUGCUGCCAAGGUCCGCUCUGUCUCCAGGGAUCACACUGUAGACUCUGGACUCUCCAGGCAUUCAGCUCUCAACGAUCGCUAUUUCGACAAACCCGGCCGUUCACGAAGCCUCGACAAUCUGCUUUCUCCUGUGGCUCCGCCCAGUUCUGUUGGGUCCUCCAAACUGGAUACACUCGGCCUGUCCCACUCCCGUCUAAAUGAGAGGUACCACUCUAUGGAGCGGAUACAGGAGGUGGUUACAGAACUCAGCAAGGUGGAGGAGGAUAACCUAGAGUCUGUCAGUCAGAGGGGCGAGAACAGAAAGUACAGCCUCACGGGAGCUUCCUCAGACGUCCUGGUCUCCCACAACCAGCUGGAGUUUGACUUCCCAGAACUGAGCACCAGAAGUGAAGACGACAAGGGAUCUUACAUCAGAGGCCACCCCAGGUUCAUCAAGUCACAGUAUGCGGGCAAACGAGCAGCACCGGGCAGUCACUCGAGUCGAGCACAGAUUGAGACACGACACUCAGACAAAUCCGAGUCGGGAGUGAAGAGUUCAGCCUUGAGUGAUACCAGUGAGGCACCUUCAUUAGCAUCACAUGUGCGUCGUGUGAGGGUGCCAUCACAAGCAUCAGAUGUGGACCAGUUUUUGGAUGACUUGUUCAGUCCUGUCCUGGACCAGUUGUCGGAUGCAAGGUCCCUGGCAGCUUCCAUCAAGGGUGGCUCCAGCAGGAGUGGAGGCGAUUACAUGAGUGAUGUCUUUGACCCUCUGUUCGUGGAUUGUCAGACCGAUGCUCAUUUUCUAGCCUCGGCCAUUAAGGGUGGUGGAAACUUGGCACAGCAAGAUGGCUCACACAAUCAACCUCCUAUGUUCAACAUGCCGAUAAGCCCUCCCCCUGUGAUGCCUGGUCUGAUGUCACCCCCUCUCCUGAUGCCUACAAUGCCCUAUCUUCAAACACCUGGAACAGGAGCAGCCAGUCUAGGAUAUUCCAUGGACCCUUCCUCCCUGCCCCCUGGCUUCAUGCCUGUGCCCAUCUACAACAUGCAAGGUCUGAGCCUGCCAAACAACCAAACGCAGCAACCUCAAGGUGACCCAAAUGUUCUGGCCUAUCAGGCCAACCUCCACAGGGCCUUCCUGCAGUCUGCUAUGGCUCAGAACUUCCAGAUUCAGCAGCAGUUGUUAGCACAGAACCAGGCACUUCAGCAGUUGCUUCAGCAGCAAGCCCAGACGGAUCUUUCACAACUGGUGGAGAACUCGGAAGAACAAGGGGAACCUGUAAGCCUAGAUGAACCCACAAUCAUGCCAGGAACCAACAAUCGAAAGAGAUCGCCGGCGAAAAUGCUGCCACCUGCACCACCACAUCGUUCUGCUAAGUGCAGAGAAAAUUCAGGGGCUGAUAACUGCCGAGAGGCUUCGACUACUAGACUCAGUACCGUAUCUCCGCCCAGUUCUACUAGUUCUCUAGUGAUACCAUGGAGUUCACCCUCCGUUAGUGGUGCCUCGAGCUCGAUCCAUGAUGAUGAGGACAGUCCUGAACGCUAA